CCAACAAGAUGGGGUUCUAAAGAAAUGAUGAUUGCCAGAGUGCUUGAACAGGCCAAAGCCAUUUCUCAGGUAUUGUCUGGAGAUCGAUAUGCACGCUCCCUUAUCCCAACCUGGCAGGAUAUUGACGUGUUGGAGUCGAUUCACAAGGCACUGCAUCCUCUACUGGAGUUUACUGAUGCUCUUUCUGGAGAGGAGUAUGUAAGCAUCUCCUACCUCAAGCCAGUUCUCCACCUUUUUGCCACAUCAGUCCUGGCUGAAGAUGCUGAGGACACUGACCUGACUAAAUCAAUAAAAACCAAAGUCCUAGCAUACCUCAAUAACAAAUAUGGAGACCCAAACAUCCAGGAGCUUUUGGAUGUUGCCUGUUUCCUGGACCCUAGGUUCAAAAUACAGUACAUCAGUACAGACAACAUCCCUGCUAUCAAGACUCGUCUGAAGACAGAGAUAGUAGACUUGGCACAACGUACAUAUCAUUGGGAGAAGAGGUCUCGUACUGAAACUGUUCAGAUGCCUCAAAGUGCACAGUCCUUGGGGAAAAGACGAAGAGGUCUCUUGGCAGUUUUUUUCAAGACCAGUUCAGCCUCUCCUUCUUUGCCUGUAAAUCUUGAAGAUGUCGCAGAGGCAGAGAUAAACAAUUACCUGAUGACUCCUACCAUUGAUGGAGAAGAUGAUCCAUUGGCUUGGUGGAGGGUGCACAAGAUCAGCUACCCACAGUUGUGCACCAUGGCACGCAAGUAUCUUUGUGUACCUGCUACAAAGCGCUCCCUCAGAGCGUCUUUUUUAGCACAGGAGGGAAUAUUGUGA